AAGGUUAUUAUUCAAAGGUCGAUACGAUAUUAUUGAGUGUUACCCACGUGUGUUGUUAUAUAAGUACUAAGAAGAGAAAAUGGCAGCCGGGACGGUGAUUAAAAACGUUUUUGAGAUAACUUGUAAAACAUUGAGAGGACAGGCGUUGGAACUGAGUCAGUACAAGGGAAAAGUUGUACUAGUGGAAAAUGUAGCAUCUCUCUGAGGCACGACCACACGGGAUUACACCCAGAUGAACGAGUUGGUCGCGAAAUUCGCUGAUAAACUCGUUAUCCUGGGCUUCCCGUGUAACCAGUUUGGACAUCAGGAGAAUGCAAAUGGAGAAGAAAUCUACAAUUCAUUGAAACACGUGCGUCCAGGGAACAUGUACGAGCCAAAGUUUCCUAUUAUGGAGAAAUGUUUAGUAAAUGGUAAAGAUUCGCACCCUUUGUUCCAGUUUUUACGCGAGUCCCUCCCAGCACCGAGUGACGACGCAGUAUCGUUUAUGUCGAACACAAACUUCAUUAUUUGGGAACCGGUGACAAGAACGGAUAUUGCAUGGAACUUUGAGAAAUUUUUGAUCCGUCCAGAUGGUGUUCCGUACAAACGUUACAGCAGACAUUUUGAAACGACCAACAUACAGAAUGAUAUUAAAGACCUUAUCGAGAAAUACAAAGUUUAAUAAAAACAAAAAGUCGAAAAAUCAGGACUAAAGCAAAACAAAAAGAAAAGCACUGGAUGUUUUUUUUUCUCUCAAUUACAUCAUAAUAUGAAUAUCUAUUAUUUAGAAACUGUCUCUAUACUAAGGAUCUCAUGAUUUUCAAUUUCUUUGGAACGAAACAUAACGGUCAGAUUAAUUAUAAAAUUAUCAUUGUGAUUUUUUUUAAUUUUCACGUUAUUGUGUUAACAUAUUUCAACUUUUCUCAAAAUUUAUAUCAAGUGAUUGAAACCGAAUAGAAAAAAACGAAUUCUUCUUUCAGUUAGAUGUUUCACUUAUGUAAGUUAGUAUUUGUCGAAUACGUAGUUCACCAGUGUUUAAUAGUUGUUGUGAAUUGUGUUUAACUGUUCACGGUUUUGAAUUAAAGUAUGUACACACGUGAUUUUUAUAGAACAGUGUCUUAUGAUUGGAGUACCUGGAAAACUGGAAGUCAGUAUGGUACUACAUGAUGUUUAUUUCUACUGUUCUAGAAAAAUAUUUAUGUAUAUAGUUUGAUUCAUGCUACCUCGGUAUUAAAAAGAUUAAAGAAAAA